AUGGAGUCGUUAUACAAUCUUACAUUUCAGACCAUCGAAGAGGCCAGGGCUGCUGUUGAUGCCGUUGCUCUGCCUCUAGGUUGCAGCCUGGUCAAGAACCGGACGCGGCCUAACCUCCUUGAACUACGAUGCUGCAAGGGAAGGAAGUUUAGAUCGCAACAUAACCCAAACCUUCCUCCUUCCAAGCGCCGCGAGACGAGCUCCCAGAUGACGGGGUGCCCUUAUAGGCUCGUGAUUUACCGCCAUAGUUUCAUAAGUCUAUGGAGAAUCCGGCGCAGUCGAAACGACACGGCGAAUGAGCACAAUCACGAAGUGCUUCCUCCAACAGCGCUCUCUCGGUUCCGAAAUAUCGUCAUUGAGCAGAGAAAGCCGCAAAUCAUGUCCUUGUACAAGCUUGGGCUCAAGCCAAUUCAAAUUCUCAAGCAUUUGCAAGAGAUUGACAAUGACCCGGGUAUCCAAGCACUGACCCGUCAUGACAUCUACAACAUGGUACGAAAGCACAAUCAACAACAACAGCAGCAGGAGCAGCAGCAACAACAACAACAACAAGAGCAAAGUGAACAACAAAAUGAACAACAAGAGGAGCAGACCGCCGCUUAG